UAUUUCUCAGCUUGUGUGACUCUUGUAGGUGUAGAAGGUGAAAAUACCUAACUAAGAAUAACUAGAGUUAGUCUAGAGAGGAGAAAGAGAGAGGUAGGCUUAGAGGUUAGGAGAAGAAGAAACUUGUAUAAGCAAAGUCUAAGUGUUGGAUUUAUUCUUGUCAGUUAUUUUUGUGGAAGCCCUACUCGUCCCGCGCUUUAUUAUGCUCAAGUCUUCGGCGGGAGGUGGCGGAUCGGGGAGGCGAGACUCCUCCUCGUCCAGUUCUCCAUUAAAGAAGAAGAAAAAGGGUAGGAGCCACAGUUUCAGUGGAUUGGGCUUAUUCGGUAUCAGUGGAAGUCGAGGAGACGCGUCUGCUUUAGAGCCAAGCGUCCCGAAAGUAUCCCCGCGUCGCUAUUUGACACCCUCAUCUCCAGUCGCCACUCGCUCUAGCCUCAUCACUCCAGCCUCCACUAGCUCUAGCACUGGGGUUUUACCACUCUAUGGGACAAUGGCUGCCUCGCCUGUAGAAGAUGCUCAAAAGAGAUUCCCUUUUUUGCCUAGGUUAACCAACAGGGGUGAGGCAGGGUCUUCUCGUGCCAAGAAGAAGAGUAAAGAAGAGCUAUCAUUAUCCAAGGUCUCAAAAGCCAAGGUUCAGCAGUGGGGAGCCUCCUUUGACAAUCUACUCAGUGAUCCAAUUGGUAUCCAGCUUUUUGAGAGAUUCCUCCAAAAGGAAUGUAGCGAUGAGAACAUCCUCUUCUGGAAGGACUGUCAGAAAUUCAAGUUCGCUCCAAAGGAAAAGCUCCAGAGCGAAGCAGAGAGGAUAUUUGCUGAAUACAUAGCUCAUAAUGCACCUAACCUGGUUAACAUAGAUCAUACAGUUAGAGAUGAGAUAGUGUCCAACAUGUCCUCAGUCACUGAAGCUACAUUUGACCGAGCCUGUCACACUAUUUACAUUCUCAUGCAAAGGGAUAGCUAUAGUAGAUUUGUCAAAUUGCCGGAAUUCAAAGCUGCACUACUGUGACAUGACAACACUUAUUCCCUCCCCUCCCCUCCUCUUUCUCUUUGUCUCUCUCUUUCUCUCUUACACAGGUUUUACCUCCUCCACUUAACCAUUUUCUCGUAUACUCAGAUUUCCAGCCAUAAUAAAUUUGACUUCAGAAUCCAUUAUAACAUUAAUGUGCCCAUUGGUGGCUUUCAACACUCA